AUGCUCAGGGAUGCAGACGUGGUCGGGAUAAGCACUAGCAACUCCACCGACGAGCCCAACAUCAUCUUGGAACGAGCUGGACCGAACACUGCUCCCUACAAGGCCGCUUCUCCGCCAAACCCCAUCAGACCUGUGGCUCCGGGCACUCGCGGAAUGCUGGACAUACUCGCUGAGUUUCCUCACUGGAAGAAAGUGCUGAAACGCAAGAGUCUGUGCUUCUCGCUCACGACGUCCAUCAACUACAUGCGCAGCAGCGCCGAUCCUAUCGACUUCGUCUCGGAGAUCCACAACGUGCAAGACGUGCAGCGAUACCACCGGCUAAGGUUCACGACCAAGCUGAACGGCACAGGAGUGUAUCCCGUCGAGGACAAGCAGACCACCUAUUACUUCGACAACACGACGUACUCACACUUCUGGCGGUACAUUCGCAAUAACGACCUACUGACGCUAUUUGCGUACGACACGAACACCACGCUGGCAUACAAGGCGAACGAGAUGCUCGACGCUUACGGACAGGACAAGUGCAUCGUCUUCGAAGACAUCGGCGAGGACUAUGAGGAAGUGGGCUUUAACUACACCAACCAGCACGUCUUCUUCGGAAAGUUGGACAUGAUAAAGGCCGUGUACGACGUGAUGGUCAAGAGGUACGGAGUACCUUUUCCCUAAACAGAAAAAAAAGAUUGCCACAACUUGUGGAAGACCUUGAUGACUCAGCACGGAACUCCAGCAGGCUUCCACGGACAUUGUUUUGAAGCACCAUAGUGUAGUCAACGACAGGGGGGUGGUGACGUGACUCUUUUCAAGCGCCAAAGUGACGUCAUCAGCAAGCGGAU